AUGGCCAGGGCAGGACAAGAGGCCCGAGGAGUGAAGUACAGGACAGGUAGGAUAGGGUAAGGUAGGGUAGAGUAGAGUAGGGUAUGGUAGGGUAGGGUAGGGUAGGGUAGGGUAGGGUAGGGUGGGGUAGGGUAGGGUAGGGUAGGGUAGGGUAGGGUAGGGUAGGGUAUAAAAACCAAGUUGAACUACAUUAUCAUACUUCUCUGUCUCAGAUCAUUACGUUUUUUCUGUGUUUACCUCAACCGUUAUGUAUAAUUCUAGCCGUUACGACCUCUUCUGUUUGCCUUAACCUUUCCUUAACAAAACGGAUCCUUUACAAUAAACAAAUUGCAUUCUAGUUGCUUUAUGAGCAGUACAAAACACACAAAUUCCAGACCAAUCCCUUCGGUCUUUUACAAUGCAUUUUUGGACCUUUCUACUGGUGUAGUUUGAAACUUGAACUUUAUUGAAACAUGGUGUUUUAGUUAUUGUUUUAGGGGCAUUUUGGUCAAUUUUAAUAUUUUUUAAAAUUUAUUUUACAUUUUUUAAAAAUUUUAUUAAAAUUUGAGUUAGUGAAAAUGAUUUUUCUUAAAAAAUGAAGCAGUUUUGCACAUUUAUAAAACGUGUCGUUCUUCACUGUUCUUCACCGUUCUUUUUGGGUUUUGUUUGCCUACUUGCAACAAUAUUUAAUUCCUUGUAAUUGUAUCUGUAUUUGUGUACCUAGAUUUGCGUAUUAGUAGGUUAACAAUUUGUUUCAAUCUUUUUGUACCAUGCAAAAAUUAAAAAAAAAAUUUUUUUUUUCUAAAUUUGUAUUUUAUAAAAUUUUUACUAUUUUUGUAGUAGAUAGAACAAAUUAAUUUGAGAUAGGUCAGGAUAGGAUAAAGAAAGACGGUAAUAUUGGAUAGGAUGGGGUAGGGAGGGCAGGGUAGGGUAGAGUAGGGUAGGGCAAAGUAAGGUAGGUAAACCAGAGUAGGGUAGAGUAACUCUCACUACUAAAACUAAUUUUUUUUUAAUUUUUAAAAUUUUAAAAAUCAAAAAAUUUCGAAAUUUUUAAAUUUCGAAAAAUCAAAAUAUUUCAAAUUUUUAAAAUUUUAGUUUUAUUAUUGUACGUGCUGUCACUAUCACUAUCUGUUUCGUUUUUUUUUAUUUUGUAACAUUUAGUAAAUACAUAUUUUACAAAACUCCACUUUUAGUUGAAGCAGACGCAGCGAAUGUUACUUUGAGUGACAUGGGGCUGAACAAGGUCUGGGUGAUUCCAUUAUGCACAUUCAUCUUCUCGUUGGCCGCUUUUCUGGUCAGCUAUGUUAUGGCGGUGUCGGUUGGGCAUGUUUCCACUUUUUGGCCGUAUAUUAGGUAUGUGUCACUAAUUUUUCAUUUUUUUACUGAAGACACAACCUUAAAAUUUCAAAAAACGGUUUUUGAAAAAUAGUUUUGAUUUUGAAAAAUGUAGUUUUUUACUGUACUGUAGCACAAUUAAAAGCUCAAUUUGUAAAGCUUUCGAAAAAAACAUGAUGUAUACAAGAAAACACGUAAACAAAGUAAAGUCAAACAGUAAUAAAAAUGCUUUUAGAAAUACGACAAUGACCAUGAAUCAAAAGAUCAAUUAUUUUUUUGUUUUUUGAUUUUUUAAAAUUUUAAAAUUUUGAAAAAAUGUACUUUUUUAAAUUAAAAAAAUAAGAAAUGAGAAGUGCGUAUUUUACCUUGAUUUACUCUGUAAAGUAAAAGUAAAAAAAAUUUUAAUUUAAAAAAAACUUUUUUAAAAUUUUUUAUUUUUUUUAAUGUUUUUUUAAAUUUAAAAAUUUUUUUUUUAAUUUUAGAAGUUUAAAAAUAAUUUUUCAGUGACAGCGGCGCCUUCCCUCCAGAAAGUUGCGUAUUCGGGCAACUUUUGAACUUAUCCGCCCUGUUUCUCGCCAUCACAGUAUACCUUCGACAUCGUCAGAUCGUCGAAUUCUAUUGGCAUCGCUUUAAGCAAGUCGGGAGAUGGCGUGGCGUUUCUUGUGGCCUGUUAUGGCUGGGCUAUACAUCAGCUUUUGGUGUUAGCAUGGUGGCCAACUUCCAGGAGAAUCAUGUCAUCUACGUUCAUUACACCGGAGCUUUGUUGGCUUUUGGCUGUGGAUUGAUUUACACGUGGGCACAGACUGUUUUUAGUUACAUGAUGAAUCCAAAACUGGCCAGACCUAUUGUGUCACAUUGCCGAUUAGUACUGUGCUUGUUGAGCUCGGUUUUCUUUGUUUCGAGUGAGUUUUUUUGAACUUACAAGGGAAGGUACUUUAAUCGCAGAUGGACUUUGAGAUGAGACCUAUAUAUUCUGAAAGCUGAAUUUACGGAGAGUAUGGAUCUGAAAACCGUUUUUCUGUGCGGCUCUUAGUUUUUGAGAAAAUCGCCUUUAAAAUAUGGCAAGAAUUUUGGCGAAACGAGCGCGCCGAAAAGAAGUGCGCAAUUAAUUCAAGGAAAACAAGUAGCGGCGUGUCCGAGUGGUGAGUCAGUUUUCUUUCGUCUAUUGGUGGAUGAGUUCGAACCCGGCCUUGUGCAAGACUUUUGCAGCAGCUUGAAGUUAUGCAUUUUGUAUGCAAAUAUGUAAAAAAAUUAAUUUUUUUUAGUUUUGUUUUCUUUGUUUUGUAAUUUUUUCAAUAAAGCAACUUUUAAGCCAUAGAUAAAUUAAUUUUUCAAUAUAAAUCAUCAAAAUGCCCAAGCUUAUAAAAUACUGUAAAAAUUUUAAGUAAAAAAUAAUUUUAAGCCGCUGUAAAACUUUUGCAGAGAUCGAACUCCCCCAACGACAUCCGAAAGAAAACUGACUCACCACUCGGCCACGCCGCUAAUUGUUUUCCUUGAAUUAAUUGCGCACUUCUUUUCGGCGCGCUCGUUUCGCCAAAAUUCUUGCCAUAUUUUAAAGGCGAUUUUCUCAAAAACUAAGAGCCGCACAGAAAAACGGUUUUCAGAUCCGUACUACCUGUGAAUUCAGUUUUCAGAAUAUAUAGGUCUCAUCUCAAAGUCCAUCUGCGAUUAAAGUAUCUUCCCUUGUUAGAUUUAAUUUUUUUAAACAUUAGAAUUUUUUUAGAAAAUUAACAGGGGGGACCAAGUUCAAUUUUUUUGAAGAUUUUUUGAUUUUCAAAAAUUUUUAAAAAUUAAAAGAUUUUUUUUCUGAUUUUUUUUAUACUUUUUAAUCUAAAGUACUGUAACAUUUUAAAAAAUAUUCAAGUUUUAAACUCAAAAUUUUAAUUUUAGUGGUGGUAUUUGGCCCCAUUCUUGGCCGCCAACCGAAAAGUGCUGAUGAACUUGAUGAUCAAGAAGGAUUUUAUAAGUGGAGUGGCCAUGAACAUGUAAGUUUUAACCAUAAUAUUAAAAUAUGAAACUAGAAUUCAAGCCAUCGUAUUUUACAGAAAAAAAACAAACUGAACAAGUUCUUACCUCUUUCAAAGUAACAUUUAUAUACUCCACUCCUACAAAACUUUUAUUUUUUAACCUCCCCCUUUCAGAACUACGUAGAGCACAUGAUCGGAACCUGUUCCGAAUGGCUGUUGGCCAUCUGUUUCCAAAUGUACAUUCUCUCCUUUGCUAUCGAGCUUCGUCACGCUUAUUGUCAUGCUCCAAAGCUGAAGUUGAUUGCGUUUUUGGAUGGAGAAGAGAGUGCCGUUUCGACUGAUGUUUUCGAUUGUUGCGUAGUACCGGCCAAGAUAUUGACUGGAGUGAACCCUCGUCAUCCACAUGAGGAAAGUAGUUUGGAUGAAGAUUAUAAGCCUAAAGCGACGGAUGCGUCAAGAGACAGCUUCAGGAGAUAUAACGAGGACAUUGAGCCUAGUAAUGGCAAUGUGAAGAUGUCGGCGUGA